GGAAAUCAGGGAGAUGCUCUCUUCUUUUUUUGGGGUUUCGGAGAUGGAUAAUUUUGGUUGGGGAAAGAAAUUACUUUCCAGGGCAGGCAAAGAGAUCUUGUUAAAAACGGUGGCACAGGCUAUGCCUCAAUAUGCCAUGAGCGUUUUUUUUGUUACCACAGGGGCUUUGUGAGAAGAUUGAACGGAUGAUGAAUUUCUUUUGGUGGACAAGCAAGGGCUCUAAUUCUACCGGCAUUAGGUGGAUGUCGUGGAACCGUCUAUCAGUGCCAAAGAAAUUUGGAGGCAUGGGUUUUAAGCAACUUCAUAGUUUCAACGUGGCAAUGCUGGGGAAGCAAGGGUGGAGGCUUCUUACCCAACCUGAUGCGCUCGUUUCUCGUGUGUUCAAAGUAAGACAAGGCGUGCGUCGUAGGGUGGGGAAUGGUAGAAAUACUCUUGUGUGGGGGUCCCCUUGGCUCUUGGACCCAGACAACCCAACCAUUAUGACCGACCAGCAGUUUAUGCCUAACUUACCAGUGGAUUUUCUUAGGGAUCCCGUUACUGGAGGCUGGAACGAGUCGCUGUUACAUUCCUACUUCAAUGCUAGAGAUGUUAUGGAGAUCCUGCGUGUGCCUUCAUGCCCUUCUCGUGAGGAUCUGUGGUUCUGGUCAAGGUUUCCUCAUGGACACUACUCUGUUAAAGAUGGCUAUCGUUUGCUUCAAGGAGAGGUUGUUGCUGAGUCUUCUGGUUUUUCAUCCUGGAAUAAGCUUUGGCGCAUUCCGGUAGAAACUAAGUUUGGGCUUUGUGGAAGACUCGUAAUGCAGCAGUUUGGGAUGGAAGGGUUUCGCUGCCGGCGCCGUUUGGGGCAGCAAUUGACUCCGCCGUCUUGUUCUAUUCUUGGGCAGCAAAGUUCAGGGCAGGUGCAACAUUGCUUUGUUGAUGCCGCUUUGUUUUCUCAGGUCGGAGAGGUAGGAUUCGGUGCUGUUCUUCUUGAUCCAGGUGGUAGGUUUGUGAAAGCAUUAAACGGUACUAUUCCGUGUUCCCAAGAUCCCCUUCUAGCAGAAGCAAUAGCGGUUAGAGAGGCUUUGGCUUGGUUAAAGAGAGAGGCAUGCUUGGAGGUGCAGCUUUUUUCUGAUAGCUGGAUGGUGGUGAAUGCCAUCAACCACGUCACCGAUUCUCGCUCGUACUUUGGUUUGAUUAUUGAGGAGUGUAGGGAGGGUGUCGGGCUGUCGUCCGUGACUGGUGGGACGGGUCUGGGGUUCGACCGUCAGUGGGACAGGAGCAUGUGAGCCUGGGCUUGGAGGAAAAAUAGGGGUUAUAGGAGAGGGUGACGGGAGGGAUGACAAUUUGGGAUAUGGAAACUGAUCCUCGAUGAACCGAACAUGACGAGAGACAUAAACUUUUUGAGACACGGGUUCAUAUCAUUUAUACCCUUUAGUGGUGGGGUGAUAUCCUAAGAAGACACAAGGAGUGGAGCGUGGUUGAAGUUUGUGGUGAGUGUAAGGGCGGAGCCAUGGAUAGACCAAGCAACCAAAGGCACGAAGGUGGGUAUAUGUAGGAGGACGGUUAUAAAGAGUUUCAAAGGGAGAUUUGUUGGAGAGAGUUUUGGUGGGCAUACGGUUGAUAAGAUAGUUUGUUGUGGCAAGAGCUUCGACCCAAAAGGUAGUCGGGAGAGCAGAGUCGUGUAGGGACAAGAGGUGUG